GAUCAGCGUUAGUGAAUGAUGUUGAACAGUUUGAAAGUUGGACUUCCUGGGUCUGCGGAAGAUUAAAAGAUGGAAUGAAGAUUGCUUCUUUUACGUCACCCGAAUAAGGGGAUUGUUUUGCAGUUGCAUUAUCACUGUACCAAUUGAUCCUGGAGUUGGCAAACAGUUUGACAAUGAAAGUCAGGUAGGCUGAAAUGUGCCGAUAUCUCAUACUCGUUUUGAGAGGCUUCGAUUCGUAGGCGUAAUGUACUUAAAAAACUACCAGUGAUGUUUUUCUCAGUGAUGAAAAUUACGAGUCACAGAUCAAGGAGAAUUUGAACUUCCCAGUCGGCCACGACGCCCCAACUUUGCUGACCGUGCUGCACCAUUAUUCAUAUUAGAACCAUCGAUUGAUCAUGUCACGAAAUCUCGUUCAAGUACAGUAGUAUUCCCGCCUAAAUUUGAAACGAAUCAACCUAACCAUGCCUGCGAUCUUUACGUUUAAAUUGAGUUUUGCUCUAUUUUCAGAGCAAAAUAAAAAUUUGCGAGCUUGCAAGCCGUACAUGUCAUGACUUAAUAUACAUAAUUAAUUGUGAAAUUAAUCGCGCGAAGAAAGUAUUUAGUCACUCAAAAGUAUUCGUUCUGAACAUGAACAUAAUACUGUAUCCUCCAGACUCCCCCCCCUCCUCUUUCUACAUCAAUUUUCCAUGUUUAGGUAUUUUCCAUUAAAAGGGGGGAAAUUGAGUAAAUUUCACUUCUGCUGACAUAUUUUGGGAUUUCAUGUUCACGGAUUUUCGGCUGCAGAUUGAAUUCGUUCUGUCCGCGGGUGACGUUGACUUUCUAAGGGCCUGUUUACAUGGAGGUGGGGGACCCUAGGUAGGUGAGGUAACCUGCCUAAGUGUGAUAGGUGGGGUGACCUGCCUAGGCAGGUUGCCUGGUCUGCCAGGUAGGGUAACCCUGUCAGCCGGGGUGACAAUUUGCCAUGUAAACAUCUCAAGGUGGGGUAACCUGCCUAGCUGGGGUUGCUUUCAUGGCAAAAGCUCAAAAGUGAAACACGCAUGUUUUAAAACUUUGUACACUUCUUGGCCGUCUCAUGGCAGAAAUCACUAGAAACUGCAACGGACAUACAAAGAGUGUAAAAUGUUCACAUUUCCGAGUAUUUAGCAUUGUAAAUUGACUAUAUUUCAAACUAUUCCUUAUAACGUAUUAAGUCAAUGGUUCCUCCUGUAGCCUAACACCGCUUAACACAAUGUGUGACGCUUUCACAAAUAAAUACAUAUGUGUCCGAGAAUUAAUCUUUUGUCUUUCUCGAGACAUGAGCUUGGGAGACCUCUGCUCAAACUCCUUAAUUGCAAGCACAACAACAACCUCAAGAAACCUCACCCCAGCACCCCCAGCACCCCAGGGUUGUAAGAUUGUAUCUAAACAUGUUUUAUUUUUUGACCACAACUAAGUGGGUUACCUCACCUACCUGGGGUCCCCCACCUCCAUUUAAACAGGUCCUAAGCCUUUUAGUAGAUAGACCUCUUCAGGUGGUUGGCAUGUAGGCUGAUAAUGUCCACAGCUGAGAGAAAGGGUAUUUUUUUCGGUAACCCUCUUUCUAGUUUACAUAUCUUGCAAAAAUCACUUGUUAGAUAAAAGUCAGUGUUGAUCUACUGAAUGGUAGAUUCAUAUUUGCGACCAGCUUCUUAAUUUGACUCUACCAAACAAGUCUGUCUUUCUACUGUGUAAAGUAAUAGGAAUGAAAAGAUGAAACUUUUGAGCUGGCAUUUUUCUUCUGGCUUCAUCUCUUUUCAAUGGAAAUAAUGGAAGGAUAGAUAUAUGUUAACACAGAUAGGGGUUAUUGCAUUAUAACUGUCUGGCAAUUUUGCAGCAUGUGAUGCAAAGUAACCAGUAAAAUUGUGUGAAAUUCAUGGGUGGGUUAGUUACAAGGAAAACCUUAAACCAAAGUAUAUUCAAUGAGAGUGGGGCAAAUCGAUCAAUAAACAAAUGGAAGGGUUGUGAGUGGGAUGUGAUCAAAAGUAAAAGAAUAUGGCAAGAUUUUGGUGCAAUCAGUUACUUUAUUAUGCUUACAAUUCCUGGAUAAAGACAGCAAUGGAAGAACAAUAGAUUGCCAUUGGUACUACUGCUUUGUGCUUUGUAAUAGUAAUAGGACUGAGUGGAGUCUGUCUGUUAAAACAUGAAUGAUUAACAUAAUCCCAUGAACACGCAGUAGGAGUCCAAUUUCUUAAUUGUGCAUAGUGCACAUGCAUGAAGCAUACAAUUCCAAUCAUACAGGCAUAACACUUCAACUGUCAAUUACAAGCCUGAUGCAAAUUCUGUCCCAUUAGUACUUAAAUUUUAGAAUUUUGGUAUAACUUUGAUUAGUUUCAGAAUAGUAUGGGGUUAUAGAAAAAUCUCUCAAAAAAUAAUUCAAGAUUUCAGAUUUCCAUGUUUCAAAACUGCUGUGGAGCUUUUGGGCUGAGAUCCCUCUGUGGAAGUGAAAUGUCCUCACAGUAAUUUUUUUUUGUUUUGCAGCUCUAUUGUCUUGUUAAUACAGAGCAGUAUUUUGUUAAUAGUCUUGCUUUGCAACCCAGUUGAAAGCUCAAGUGGAGAUAGAAGUUCCAUAUUUCGUCAUUGUAUAAAUAAAUGUUUUAAAGGAUGUCACCUUGAUAAGUACCCUGGAAAGCUGCCAAUAUAUUUGACUCUGUUUUGGUGGGAUUGUUCUGAUGAAUGCAAGUACCAGUGUAUGCAUAAUAUCACACAAAAUGACGUGAGAAAUAAUCAACCAGUCAAGCAGUAUUAUGGCAAAGUAAGGGACUUCAUUGCAUACUGAUUCUGCUUAGAGAUACAGUAACUAUGUAUGUUGCACAGCCCUGCUUGCACAAUCCCAUAGAAAACUAUAGUGAAAGCUGGCAUGUAUAGGGCUAGAUGGGUUGACAUGAGCUGGUCCUGAAAAAGCUGUCCAGCUCUGCACUCCCACAAAAACUUAAAAAUAAAAGAGAAAGAAUUAUAACAAAUAUGCAUUUUUUAAUGAAUUAUGGAUUUCUAGUUCUAACUUGAAACAACAAUGGAGAAUUUUUCAUCGUAGAAUCUUUCUUUUUUUUUUUUGUGGUUGCCUAUCUGUUGUAUCCUAUUUAGAUUGAAACAAAAUUUUCAAAAUUUUAAACAUUUAGUGGUCACAUGAUGAAAUGCUUACUGACUGGGUUUGGUCAUAAUGCACAGACCUCACUGCCCUUGGUCUCUAUGUCAUGAACUAAAGCCAAAUAUUUUCCCAUCCAGCCCUCAAUAAGAACAUAUUAAAAGCUGUACAUGUAUGUUAUACCUUUUUAUCUGUCUCUCUUUCCUUCCUUUACUCCUUUUAUUUUUUUUAUUUGUUCAUGCCAUUUUUUUCACUCAUUUCAAAUAUUCAUCUAAACUUUUUCACUUCUUAUUUACAAAUUGGUUAUACUUGGUUAUAUAAAAAAUAACCUCUAUUUGGCGCAAAAAUAUGUACUAGGUAUAUUUGUCUGCAGAUAUUAUUUGUUCCAAGAACAAUUUUUCGGAGAGUGAAACUCGAGGAAAACUGUGAGCUCUGAGAAACAGAUGAUGUCCAAGGAUAAAUAAUAUGCACAUAUUUUCAUGCAAUAUAGAGGCUAUUGUGUUCGUUAUCCUUUGAAUAUUUUGCAAAUUGUGUGGAAAAGUAUUUAUGAACAGCUUACUGUAUGCAGCGCGGGAUGUUUUUUUUUUAGUGCACCCUGAUACAACUUAAUGAACAAAAAGAAGAUUUCCCUUCUGUAACAAGCACAAAACUCUCUCUCAUCUUCUAUUAAAUUUGAAACAAAGACUUAUUUUAGAGUUCGUGAGGCUUAAAAAUUGGGAAAUAUUGCUCACCCAGUUUUAGGUGGGAGAUAUUUUGUCAUGUGCUGCAUCUAGACCAAUAGCACAUGAGCAAAAAUAUUUGAUGGAUUAUAAACUUAGUUAUAACAGGGUAAUUUAGUAUUAUCAACUGAGUUGAUAACGUAAAUUGGCCACCGUCAAGAGUUUAAAAGUUGAUUUUUCAUGUGUUAGCCCUUAGUCAUUGCUCUGACAAAGGGCUAACGCUCAAACCAUCAGCCUCUUUACAGUGGCCAAUUUAUUAACUCCCCCACUAAUGCAGCACCACAGUUUCUUUAGAAACUUACCCCCUUUAUUCCUGAUUAUACUUAGUUAUAAGAUAAUUUACUCAUUAGUCAACAAACUACCAGCCAAGGAUUGCUUGUAAACAUAGCUAAAUUACUAUGUCUUUUAAAUUUUUAGUGGCCAUUUGUACGAUUUCUUGGAAUUCAAGAGCCUGCAUCAGUCCUAUUUUCAAUUUUUAAUGCAAUUGGCCAUCUCCUUGGAUGGAGAAUGCUCAGGUCUUCUGUACCAAAUACAGACUACAGCAUGUAUCCAGUAUGGAAAGCAAAUUUGGUGGUAAGGCUAAUUUGUUUUGUGAUUCUGAUUAAAACACUAACUUGUGCCAAAUAACAAAAGGUAACUUGCUUCCUGUUAGGGGUGUUCUUUUUACAGUAUUCAUUUAAAGUUAAUAGUGGCUGAGAAAUACUUUUAACCCAAUUAUAGUCCUUGAAAACAGUCAUUAGUAACAGAAUUCUAAUCACCUUGGAAAUAAAUGAAAAGUGAGCUUUUAACAUGUGUCCAACAGUUUGGAGAAAGAUUGCUGAUAAAAUUAUGACCAGCCAUGUUUUUUUAGUGUGUUCAAUGAUUCAAAAGCUUCUAAACUUGUAGGAUUUUGAUAUCACGAGAAAGUAACAGUUACUGAAUAGAUGAGGAAUUAAUUAUUAUUUUUGACCCUUACUGUUUUUUUGUAGGUGAGUCUAAAUGCUUGGUUCUGGUCAACAGUGUUUCAUGCACGAGAUUUGAACUGGACUGAGGUAAUGGUUCUUCCACUAUGAACAUUAUUCAGUGUUCUGAUUGUGAGAUGAUGGUCAGGACUAUGUACAAUGCACUUUGUUUUGUGUACUUUGGUAUUGGAAUAGACAGUAACACACUCAUGGACUGUCUUUGAAGACUCAGUGAGAGUAACUGUUGCAAAUAAGCCCAAGUUAUCUUUGUUAUAGACCCAAUUACCAGUUGCCAUGGGUGACCAAGACAAAAUUUGUUCUCACAAUAUUGAUACUAUGUCAAGCAGAAAAGUGAUGAAAACAAAGAAAAAUAUCAAUUAGGGAAUUAUUGGUUGAUCCAAUGACAAAUUCUCAGAACUAACAUGAGAAUUGUAGGGCAAGCAGUAAGGAGAGUUACUAAUGAGAUCUUGGGAGUGCAAGCUUAAGGCUAAACAUAAAUUCAAAUGUAGACAGCACUUGGAGAAGUAGUGUUGUUCAUCACUAAUUUACACAAUUGCUGUCACAGUUUAUAAUAAGGCUAUAGGAAACAAUUUCAUUAUAAUUAUGAUCUCACUAUAAGUAAUAUGACUAUGAUGAUUACUGACAGUGUUUCAGAAACAUUGAUCGUGUACAUGUACUCGGUAAUUUGCUGUGUAAAAUUCUUAGAACUGGCCAUAAAUGAAAUUUCAUUGAGACAUUCUUGGUGAAAGCUCACUGUUGAUCCCCUCUUUUUUUUAACACUUACAACUAUAUUCUUUCAGAAAAUGGAUUAUUUCUGUGCCACAUCUCUGGUUAUGUUCUCUUUCUUUGCCUGCAUGUUGAGGUUAGUAAUAUUAAGCAUUGUAUUAGAUAGUACAUCCAUUUUGAAAUCUGUGAUGAUCCUUCCAAUUAAUCCAAUUGGUCUGCAGGAACAAUGAAACAAAUGAAAUGAAAUAUUCAAGAUUUUAUAGCUUUCUCAAAAAAACUUAAAGAUAAAACUGUUGGAAAAUGAAAGACAAAAAAUCCAGCAUGUACAGUGAACUUUCUAAUAGUUUGUUUUUAAAGGGGAGUUAAAAAACUUAAAGAUAAAACUGUUGGAAAAUGAAAGACAAAAAAUCCAGCAUGUACAGUGAAUUUUCUAAUAGUUUGUUUUUAAAGGGGAGCUGUUACGUUUGGGUUUUUGCAUAGUGGUACUUUUUUAAAUUAAUAUAAUACACAACUUUGGUAAUACUGCAUCCAAAUGAAUGCUGCGGGAUUGGCCAACCCUGACUAGGUACCUCAAGAGGCAUGUUGUUUCGUGCAGCCUUGAUCUUUGUUGUUGGUGUGUGAGAUGCAGAUUUAUAUUUAGAGCCUUGAAAAUUCUUAUGUCUGCAAACCUUUUUUCCUCCAUGAUUUCUGAGAAGAUUAUUGAUCUGUGUGGGAAUGUUAAAAUGACCAUAGACAUCCUGAAAGGUACAAAAUUUUAACAAAAACCUUUUAUUGUGGGUUUGUGCAGAAGUCUGUAAAUUAGGUUGUUAUACCACAAUUCUGCUCCAACAACAUACCCCUUGAGGGACCUGGUACAGGGUUUGCCAAUCCAGCAUUCAUUGCAGCCCCAAUUUUAAAAAAAGCUGUGUAUUAUAAGUAAUAAUUAAUGACAAUUUUUUAUACACAAUUUUGUUUAUGGCCCUGAACAGGUUCAUUGGAUUGGAAAAUAAGUGGAGGUAUGUUAAACUUAAAUAAAAAUAAUCAUUUUCAAAAGUGGAUGAGAACAGUGUAGUGACUUCUUGAAUUUUGCAGUGGUAUGCUAUUGUUGGAAUGGUUAAAAUUACUUUCAAUUGGCAUGCCACAUCAUUGCUGAGGAAAUUGCUGAUCAGCCUUCACAAAUAACUUUAAAUAUACAGUCACACUCUAUCUAAAUAUUAGAUGCAGGGUUGUCAUUAGAAGUGGGAAGGCAGUAGAGACCCACUGGCUGUCAGACCAUUUUGCGCCAGCUGCUUUGUAAAUUGUGAUCAACUGAAGACAGAAAAUAAGUAUUGAACUGAUUCAAACAUAAUUGUCUGGCUAACAAAAGUUAUUAAUUGCAACAAAUAUGUCACAAGAUGCUGGAAAUCACAUCUUAGUUUCAAAUUUCAAAUAUUUCUGCAAGAGCAUGCACCUGGAUCCCCUCCUCCCUUCUAGGGGGGUCUGGGUGCAUUCUCUUUAGCAUUCUGGGAUAUAUCAUUUAUUUGCUUUGCAACAUGCCACGCUUGCCAAGAAAACAAUUCAAUUCAGCUGCCUUAAGGUUGUUCAGAUCAUACAUAUAUUAUAUUUUAUUACAACAACCUUGAAGAUGUACAGAGUAUUAAUUGAGAGACAACCAUUUUAUUAGGGAUCCUCCAAUUGUCCUCUUGAUUUAUUCCUUUCCAAUGAUUUUUAUCUUUGUUAGCACUGUUAAUUUAACCCAAGCUUUUAUGUCCUGCAUUCAAAUAUGCAUAUCAUUUACUCUUCUUGUAGUUGUUUCCUCAUUGGACUACUUCUAUGCAGUAUUUACUGCACCCAUGUGUUCUAUUUGGGCUUCAUACAUUUUGACUACGGAUAUAAUAUGAAAUUUAAUGUUACAAUAGGUGAGUUGGAAGAUACACUGUAUGAAUUUUCUGUGUUUAUAAAAUAUAUUGACCUUAGAUGGUUAUCCUGUUCCAGGAUCUUGGUCAAAAUCCAAAUGUGUCAAGGGAAAAAUAGCAGGGAUCUGGUACUAGCAUGUAGAGCUGUUGUUGAUGCAGCCUAUAACUGAUUAUUUGAUAGUAAUAAUAAUAAUAGUAAUAAUGAUAAUUACAAAUAACGAUAUUUAAUGAGGGAACCCAGAUUGCCCCUGCAAACAGUUUUCAGUGAGGCCCUCAAUAAUUAACCAGUUGCCUGGUUAGUUUUGUUUUAAAUUUGUUAAAAAUAUAAGUAAAAAGAAAAACGUGUCCCUAACAUCUAAAAAUUUUCAAAAUCUUAAAAUAUAUUAAUAAAUUAGAUAUUAAUUUGAAAGUAGAAAUCACUUGAAAUUGAUUUAAAUCUUGUAAAAAAAAAGAGCUAAGUUUUGCUUUAAAAACAAAAAAACAAAAGAAAUUUGGACAAUAUAUGUCUCACACUCGGCUAACUGGGAGUGGAUCAACAGGACAAACCAUGGUAAGGGUAAAAAAUUAGAUUUAGCACUUCGACUUCAGAGGUUUGUCUUGUCCACCUCUUUUUGGUUUUUCAACUUACAUCUGGCAGGGAUUUUCCAGCCAUGCUUGUGCACAUCACAUCUAUCCCUCACACAAGGAAAUUUGUCUGUUAUGUUUUCAACAUUUGUAUGACCAGUUUGUUAUAAGCUUUACAAGUACUGCAAGCAAAUAACUCAAUUUAAAAAAAAGGAUUCAGAUGAUUGUGAAGCAACUAGCCUUCAGUAUAAAGAAAUUAUAUUUAUUUGUUACUCAGGUAUCAUCAACUUAAUCAGUUGGUUGAGCUGGUGUUUGAAUGUAAGUAUUACUAACAGUUUUAUUUCAACAAUUAUAUUCGUUAUAGAGGUAAAAACAUUUUAGGUGCAGCCACUGUAGCCUGCAGUGCAAGUGUCUUGUUAGUGCAAGCUAACACUAAAAGCUCGUGAUCAUUUGUUCGACCAGCCAUUUUUGAUUUGCAGUCAGAGUGGAUGGUGGGGGAGGGGGUGGGGAAGGGGAGAAAAGACUUCACUCCCCUACCCCCACCCCUCUCCUUAUUUUUGACUGUCGACCACCCCCUUGGUAUAAAUUUUACUCUCCCUAGCCUUCUGCUGCCAUUAAAAUCAUAGAUGGUGGCCAUAAUAUUCAUGAUGAAAUUACUUAGCACUUGCUAGCCAAAAUUAUGCCUGCUCUGUAGGCUACAGCCACUUUUGAUCUGUUUUUGCCACAAUAUUGACAUCCAAUAAAACGAUUCUUUCAUUGCAAGAGUAUGAUCAUAACACAUUGACAUAAACAGUGCUCUCAGCAAAUUGGCCAAUCAGAUUGCAACAUUUCUGCUAAUUGGGUAAAAUAUGAUUAUUUUCAAUCCAUAUUAGUGAUCAUCUCCUUCCUCUCUGUUGCAGUUUAAAUCUUUACACCCUAACAUUAAUAUCCCCAUUCUCAUACACUUCUCCAUACAUCUUCUUUACUGGUGACAGGUGGGAUUUGUUAGGAGAAAUUAGAUGCUGGUCACUCUCAGGGUUUAAGGGGUAAAUCUUGUUACAGAACUCUCAGUUAAACUAAUUCAGGUCCACCCCAAUGAUUCUGCCAAAAUUGAUUAUAAUUAGAUGAUGAUAGUUUCAAAAAAGAUUUCUUAUCAAAAGAGCAAAUUAAAGGUUAAUGUGAUUUAGAUUAGAGGAAAUGUUGUUCAUUUGUGUCCAAGGUCAAAUGAGGAAACUGUACAGUAUCCAUUUUGGGAAUGGGCUUUCCAUUGCUGUUUUCCUUAAUCAAUUAAAUCACAAUGCUAAACAGGAUAAGUGAGUCCAUUCAUCUUUCUUUUGUAGUAUUACAAACAACAGCCAUACGUGUGGAAAUGUGCUUUUGUGUCAAGUGGUGUGUUCUUUCUCUUAGGUCUGGAGGUAAAUGGAAACUCUUUGUUUAUCAAAUACACUGAUGAUACAUGAUACAUGUUAAAGUGGUUAUGAAAUUUCAUUCCUUUACCAUAGUUGGAAUGGUACCUUAAAUAUCAUGUAAAUAUGUUCACCAUACCUCAACAGUCUGACAGGUCUAUGGCCUAGCACUUUGCUGAACGACUGUGCCAGAUAGAACUCUGCUCAUGAAGGGUGACACACAAUAUGGAAAACUACUACUCCAAACUGAAAAGAUGCAUUAAGCUUAAGUUUUGACAACUUGCAUAUUUCUUAACUUAAUUAAUUUUGUGUUGUUUGAUAACCAAUACUGCUUUGAUUUUCAAUAUUUUAAAAAAUGCACCUUGUACAAAUAUAUUGUGGCUUCUCUUUCAAACAAAUCUCUGGAACAGGCUGACAAGUAUCACAAUCCACAACUCCUAGAAAAAGACAGAUUCUUAUCAUAGAUUAAUUAUCUUCUACUGUCUCUAGCUGGGCGACUUUCCACCAAUCCUAUGGACAUUUGAUGCUCAUUCAUUAUGGCAUCUUGGAACUUCUCCUCUUUGUUAUUUUUGGUACAGGUGAGUGCUCUGAAUGCAGAUUCGUUUUAUUUAUUUUUUCUUUAACAAGAGUUUAAGGGAAAAGUAAACAAACAAUUACAAAUCAGCUUUUUUUUUUGCAACCCCUAUAAAUACUUUUCAUUUCUAAUUAACCUUCGUCGUUCCUUGAUCUCCUCGCACAUAAAAUGACUUCAUUCCGUUUUUCCUACAUUAGCGAACUAUUCUAUUUUGAGGUAAUUCUUUCGACAAAAACUCCUUUGAUAUUUUCUACCUCAGAAAAUACUUCCCAGCCUAGUAUCAGAAUGUACCAUUCGGCCUGAACCAUCAAAUGUCACUCGAUUUUAGGUCAGUGUUACUCCUUUGUUUAAUCAACUUAUAUUUGUUGAAAUUUUAUUUCAGUUUUGUAGUAGACGAUGCAAAGUAUCAGUUAUCAAUGCAGAAAAAGAGAAGAAAGAGUGGUUGAGGAAUGUUAAUAAUGUUAGUACAUGUAGUUUAUUAAAAAUCUCGUAGGUGUAACAUUGAGACUAAACCGUCUCAAAAGUGGCCCAGACCUGUAAGUUUUUAAUUAUCCACAGAAUACAAAAGUAACGCACAAUUUCGCAGGAGCGUGGUUCGCAUGUACUUUUGCUUGUCUUUAGCCGAAUUAGCGCUUUGAACCAAUCUCAUUAACAGGCUCAUAAAGUUUAAAAGCGGCAGUUUAUGAUCAAAGCAGUAAGAUAGUACUAAUUUUAAUGAAAUGAAUUCCAACAGACCUACGAAUGAAGAACCUUUGACCGAAUUGGAACCAGUGCCUCUCCAAUAUUUAGACUGCGCCACUACCAACUGAGCUACGAACCACCCGUUGAGAUUGAGGGAGGGGAAUUUUAGAAGGGUUCUUUUUUUUCUCGUGGAGGAAUAUGAACAGAGUUUUUCAAUUUUUGUGAAUUUUGAUUAAUUUCAAUUUAUGUAAAAAUAAAUUAAAGCUGUAUUUGAUACAUCCUGAAAUAAAUUUUUUCAUAACUUUGCAGU